AUGGUUCACGGUCAUGGCUGCGACUCUGCUCCUGGCAAAGGAUCUUCACAGCCCCAAGUGCUCGCCGGAGAACAGGCUCGUGCCACUUCUGACGCUGAAGAACCCCCUUGUAGUGGUUACUCCCACUCGACUCAGCAACAACCCUCUCAUCAUCCGCAGCAUCAGCACCACCACGCUGAAAAACCUCAGCUCGACCAGCACCAUGUCACGGUCGUCGAUGUCCAGCCGGACUCGCUCAGCCGCACCCCUUCUUCGACUCUCAGCCGUCGAUCCUCCACCGUUGCCGCAACGGUUGAUCUGCAUCAAUCGCAUUCCCUAGAAGCCGAUCAGGUGAUUGCCCAGUUUCAAAGUAACGUCAACACUGGUCUUUCCGAGGACCAGGCGGCCACCCGCCUCAGCGAGCAUGGUCCCAACCAGCUCAAGGAGACCAACAGGGUCAGCGCCACCUCGAUCCUGAUCCGUCAGAUGGCUAACGCCCUCACCCUCGUGCUGCUCGCCGCCAUGGCGCUCUCGUUCGGUGUCAAGGAUUGGGUCGAGGGUGGUGUCGUCACCGCCGUCAUCGUCACCAACGUGCUCAUCGGUUUCAUCCAAGAGUACAAGGCCGAGCGCACCAUGGCCUCGCUCCGCACGCUCUCCUCGCCCAACGCCAAUGUGCUCCGAGCCUCGACCAUCCGCCAGGUGCCCUCCUCGGACCUCGUCCCUGGCGACAUUGUCAACUUCCGCGCUGGUGAUCUUGUGCCUGCUGAUGUCCGCCUCGUCACCAUCAGCAACCUCGAGAUCGAUGAAGCGCCACUCACCGGUGAAUCGGUCCCCGCCAUCAAGACCACCGGUCCGCUCACUCGCCCUCACCUUGGCCCUGCCGAUCGCACCAAUCUGGCCUACGCCGGAACCACCGUCACCAAGGGUAGGGCCGUCGGUAUCGUCGUCGCCACUGCCAUGAACACCCAGAUCGGACAGAUUGCCACCGCGUUGGCCAAGAAGGGAAACAAGGAUGUCCAUCGUCCUUGGUACAAGCGCACCUGGGACGCCAUCGCCACCUUCCUCGGUGUUCGUGAGGGUACCCCCCUGCAGAUCAAGCUCAACAAGUUCGCUUACGUGCUCUUGUUCCUCGCCAUCAUCUGCGCUAUCAUUGUCUUUGGUGUGGCGGAGUUUGACAUCAACAACGAAGUCAUCCUGUACGCCAUCGCUCUCGGUAUCGGUGUCAUCCCCGAGUCUCUUGUUGCCGUUCUCACCAUCACCUUCAGUGUUGGUGCCAAGCGUAUGGCGGAGAGCAACGUGGUCGUUCGUCGUCUUGACGCCCUCGAGGCUCUCGGUGGUGUCACCGACAUCUGCAGUGACAAGACCGGUACGUUGACCCAGGGUAAGAUGGUGGUCCGACAAGGAUGGUCGCUUGCCCAUGGCAAGCAGCAGAGCUUUGACGUCGAGCAGACCGGUGCUACUGCUUUCGAGCCCAAGGGCCGUGUGGUUCUGCCACCGGUCUCCUCCGACGCUGAGCCUCAGCCCAUCGAGCACGAUCAGCUGCCCGAGCCCAUCCACGCCCUUGCCACCGCUGCCUCGCUUUGCAACAUUGCUGAAAUUGAGCAGAAGGAAGACGGCUCCUGGGUCGCACGCGGUGACCCUACCGAGAUCGCGCUCCAAGUCUUUGCCACCAAGCUGCAGAUGUCGCGCGACUCGCUUACCUCCGGUACACACGCCAAGUACAGCCUCGAGCUCGAGUUCCCCUUCGACAGCACUCUCAAGCGCAUGACCAGCGUCUACCGCCGCAACAGCCAGGACCGCGUCUUCUUUAUGAAGGGUGCCGUCGAACAGGUGCUUGCUUGCUGUAACACCAUGGACGAGACUGCUCGCAAGAUCAUCCUCGACCAAGUCGAGAGGAUGGCCACGCAGGGUCUCCGUGUGCUUGCCUUUGCCGAACGAAGCAUGGACGAUGUUCAGUUCAAAGACGAAAGCUCUCGCACUCGCUCGGCUUCCCAGUCGGACGACGCCGACGAGGCCGAUACCAUCAGCACCACCGACAAGAAGCAUACCCAUGGCGGAGACGCUGCUUCAGGUCUCUCGCGUGCUGCUGCCGAGCAGGACUUUGCACUCAUUGGUCUGCUGGGUAUCUACGAUCCUCCUCGAGCAGAGACCCGUGCCGCUGUGGAAGCCUGCAAGCGCGCCGGUAUCGUCGUUCACAUGCUCACCGGUGACCACCCGGCCACUGCCCACGCCAUUGCCAAGGAAGUCGCUAUCGUCGACGGCAGCGAAGGCGCUUCGGCGGUCAUGACGGCUGCUCAGUUUGAUGGAUUGACCGACGUCGAAAUUGAUGCGCUCGAGGACCUUCCUCUUGUUGUCGCCAGAUGCUCGCCUGCGACCAAGGUGCGAAUGAUUGCCGCCGGUAAACGCCGUGGCCGCUACCUGGCCAUGACCGGCGACGGUAUCAACGACGCACCUUCGCUCAAGCAGGCACCCGUUGGAAUCGGAAUGGGUACGGGCACCGACGUCGCCAAGGACAGUUCGGAUUUGGUGCUGACCGACGACCGAUUCGACUCAAUCGUCAAAGGUAUCCGCGAAGGACGUGCCAUCUUUGACAACAUCCAGCGCUUUCUCAUCGGUCUGCUGGUGGCCAACGUGGCUGAGGUGCUUCUGCUCCUCUGCGGUCUCGGUGUUCGCGAUGCCGACGAGGAGUCGGUGUUCCCCUUGGCCCCGGUUGGUAUCCUGUGGGUCAACAUGGUCACCGCCUCGUUGCCCGCCAUCGGUCUUGGUCUCGAGCCUGGUGAGAGCGACAUCAUGGAGCGUCCCCCUCACGAUCUGCGUGCAGGUGUGCUCAGCCGGGCGGUGAUUGUCGAUACGCUCGUCUACGGUAGCACGAUGGGUAUCACCUGUCUCGUCGCCUUCCUGCUGAUGAUCUACCCCAUCGGCGGUGGCCAAAUCGCAAUUGACUGCAACCACUCUUCGGCAGCCACUUGCGAGCCUAUCUUCCAGGCCCGAUCGGCCGUGUUCACCACAUUGACGUUGCAGUUGCUGUUGGUCUGCUGGGAGCUGAUCAGCAUGGAAAAGUCGUUCUUCAGCAUGUCGCCCGCCAAGCACCUUUGGGCGAAUCCGAUGCUGUUGUGGUCGGUGGUGUUUGGUAUCGCCACCAUCCCGAUUGCGUUGUACGUGCCCAAGUUCAACACAGACGUCUUCCGUCACGCACCUAUGGGUGGCGCUGGAUGGGGUAUGUCGAUCGCUAUGACUGCAGCGUUCAUCGCUGUAGUAGAGCUGUGGAAGGCGCUGGCUCGUCGAGGUCGCUGGCCUUGGCUAGCAAGGAUCUCGGGUGGUCAGCGUGGUCUCGCUCGCCGCCAGGCCAAGAAGCAGUUGAGCGAAAAGUCGGCUGCUACUGCUUGA